GACAGGCCUUCGAUCGAGUCGCAUUGUCUCUUGGCUGGAUUGCAAAUAUGAAGACACUUUGGACUUGCUUUCUUUUUGCAGUCACCGCAAUCUGUGCAGGUGCUCCAGAAAACCAGGUGCCCUGCGAUUUGCGCGAAACGAGCCAUGGAAGUGUGUGCGUUUGCAACAGCACCUACUGCGAUUAUCUGGAACAGCCCCAACUCACUGAUAGCUCCCAGAUUGUGGUGAUUAGCUCCAGCAAGGAUGGCUUACGCUUUAAGAAGACAACAGGAUAUAUUACAGACGGAAAACCUUUAACAGUCGAAGACAAACAGUUUACUGAUGAGAACUUCAUGGCAGAGGCGAUUGUGGUGGAUCAGCAGAGAGCCUGGUUGCAGUUGGCCAACAUUCCCCAACGCUUGUUUAUCAAUGCUAGCACUAAGACCUUUCGGAUAUCCGUGAAACGAGAGCAGCGAUUUCAGAAUGUUUCCAUUUUUGGUGGGGCCUUUACAGGAACGGUCUCACAUUUAAUUAAACAAUUGCCAGAAGAGCUACAAGAUCAUGUCUAUAAAUCCUAUUACCAUCCCGAUGGAAUUGCCUACAACACUGUUCGAAUGUCAAUUGGUGGUUCGGACUUUGAUAUGGAACCCUGGGCCUACAACGAGUGGCCCCGAAACGAUCCACAGCUAAGUAACUUUACAUCCCUCGAUCCGAGGGAUCUGCAGAAAAUUGAGCAACUGAAUCGCUUAAAGACAGUUGGUCAACUGGAUGAACUGAAGAUCAUGGGUGCCGCCUGGAGUGCUCCACCGUGGAUGAAGAGCAACGAUCGCUGGACAGGAUUUGGCCAGUUGAAAUCGGAAUAUUACCAAACCUGGGCGCUUUACCACCUCAAAUUUCUCGAACUCAUGCGGGCUAAAAAUAUGCCGAUUUGGGCCAUAUCCACUGGCAAUGAGCCGCUAAACGGCGUCAUCGGCUUCUUCUUUGUGCACUUCAUGAGCAUGGGCUGGACGCCCUGGCAGCAGGCUAUUUGGCUGAACGACAAUCUGGGACCGACCAUCAGGAACUCGGCGGAGAGCAAGGUGCUCAUCUUUGGCAAUGACGACCAGCGGUACACCUAUCCCUCAUGGUUCCGAAAGAUGCGCUCUUCCCGCAACAAUUCACUAUCCUUUUUGGAUGGUCUGGCGGUCCAUUGGUACUGGGACGAGCUGGUAGGUCCACAACUCAUUGACCAGGCUCACACGGAGAUGCCGAAGAAGAUGAUAUUAAAUACGGAGUCCUGCAUCGGGGAUAAGCCCUGGCAGACCCAUGGACCGGAGCUGGGAAGUUGGCAGCGUGGCGAGAGCUAUAUGAGGGCCUAUACCCAGGAUCUGAGGCACAACUUCAAUGGCUGGUUGGAUUGGAAUCUGGUGCUGGACGAACAGGGCGGUCCCAACUAUGUGAAGAACUACGUGGACGCUCCCAUCAUUGUGAAUGCCACGAGUCGUAGUGAGAUAUACAAGCAGCCGAUCUUCUAUGCCAUAGGGCACUUCUCCAAGUUCCUGCCACCGCAGUCUGUGCGCAUCGAAACGCAAAUCGAGAACCAGCGAAAUGCCUUCACCCAGCUGAGUGUUGUGGGCUUCCAGCGACCAGACGGCAGUGUGGCGUUGAUCAUAUACAAUGGCCAGAACCUGCCGGUGGAUGUGGCCCUCAAUGAUAGCCAGCGUGGAGCGAUCAACCUCCGCCUGCCGCCGCGCUCCUGGCACACGGUGCUCUACAAAUGAGUCUUCCCGGAACCCAACUAUAUAGUAACUUAAACUAGGCUAGGAGGAGGGGGCAAGGAGUCCAGCUGCCGCUGCCCAGAGGACCAAUUGAGGCUCAAGUGACAGCGGCGCAACGGAAGCCAAUAAAUCGACCCUCAACAGGAUGAGCAGGAUAAUGGGCACGAGGAGAUGGGGAUUCGAAUACAAGGAUGUAAUGCCAGAUAUGCGGAGACAGCGGAAAUUUGUUUAAGCCUCUCAAUUUGCCGGAACGCGUCUGUUUACAAUGAAAUUUCAUUUGCCGUUUAA